AUGAGUCGACUGACGAUUCAUAUCGUGUCCAGCGUACUUCUCCUCUCAGUUGUCUGCCCGGCACUCGCUCAAAGCCAGCCAACAUUCAGUGUCUUUUCCAAUGCAUCCGACAUAUAUCCCCUCCCCAGCUCUUCUUCUUGCGCGAACGCAUUGGCGGUUUCCAUUGACUGCCCGCAAAUCCUCUCCUUCGCUGUCCCCAGCUCCAGUAACCCUGUCUCGAAUCUGACAUCUGCGGACCUUGACGAACUGUGCACUUCAACUUGCUUCGACUCGCUUACCGCGGCGGUGGAUUCCGUAGACAAAGCUUGUUCAGGCUGGCCCUACAUUGUUGGCGACACCAGUUACAUCGCCUCGCUCCCCUUCCGCUUCCUCGCGUACACUUGGAACCUGACCUGUAUCACUAGCGGUGCCGCGUACUGCGUCAAUAUCGAACAAGCGAAUCCAUCUACGACGGAAUCUACUGGGGCCGAGCCUUCGUCUGUCGUGUGCGCCAGCUGCUCCCUCGACGCGCUUCGCAUACAAAUGUCAAGUCCGUUCGGUUGGGACGCAAACUUUGUCGAUGAUUGGGCGGACAUCCAGACCGAAUGCGCCGUUUCUUACGACGAUACAGUACCAUCCAGCUUGGUUCUUGACCCCAACGCCGCUGCAUCCUAUAACGCGACUUCCUAUAACGUCACCGCAACACCGACGCUUACCCCAGCCUCUGCCGCGAACUGCGCGUACGGACAGCUGACAGUCAAGUCGGGGGAUACCUGCGCUUCGAUCGCCUCAGCGAACAGUCUUUCCUACGACCAACUAGUCUCGAUCAACGGACUCGACGUCAACUGCACCAAACUCCCCGCAGCGGGCGGUCAAAUCUGCAGUUCCGGCUCAUGCACGCUCUACACCAUACAGACGGGCGACACCUGUAUUGGUUUAUAUACGAAUCACAAUAUAACUUGGACACAACUGCUUGCCUGGAACCCUCAGCUGGAUUCGACGUGCUCCAACAUCGGUAUGCAAGUCGGUAAGACAAUCUGUGUCAGUGCGCCGGGCGGCGCCUACGUUUCUUCGACUACUGUUGCCCAAGUCUCGGGUACCCCGACCGCUUUGGCCAUUCCGACUGGCGCCGUGGCGCCUGGAUCUGACAGGGCGAUCUGUGGAGGCUGGUAUGAAGCUGUCGCAGGAGACACAUGCCCUCAGAUACUCUCGAUCUAUCAAAUCACGAAUGACACGUUCUAUGCGCUCAAUCCUCUCGUCAACGAAGAUUGCAGCAAUCUGCUCGCAGGCUUUGAGUAUUGCAUUGCGGUCUUCGGCAACCUUACAACGACAUCUUCCUUCCCUGGACCGACGACUACUGGCGCAUCCCUCGUUCCCAUAUUCGGCGGCGACUUUCCGCAAGGAAUCGGCUACGUCAUGGCCACACCCAACAUGACCGUCGUUCCCAUCACAGCCACGGGAACGACAACGUACGCGUCCACUGUCACUCCCACGCCGACCGUCGCAUCAGGUACGGUACAAGAUGGGUGCCUUCAGUAUUACACGGUGCAGCCUGGCGACUCUUGCUUGGGGAUCGAGACCGUGUCUGGCAUAUCUGACGUCCAGUUCCGCACAUGGAACCCUGAGAUCAAUGCAGACUGUAGCAAUAUCGAGGUCGGACUGGCAUACUGCAUCUUUGGGCCCUACGUGCAGUAUACGCCUACUACCGGCAACGUUCCACCGGAGACAUCAACAAGCACAACUGCCACGUCGACCUCGACAUCAGUGCCUCUUCCCACGAAUAUCGCUACCGGAACAAUCACGACAGGCUGCACGACAUACUACACCAUACAGUCGGGCGACGGCUGCGCGGGUAUAGAGACUACUUACUCCAUCACCUUGUCCGACUUCAUCGCAUGGAACCCUGAAGUGAAUGCGCAAUGCACGAACAUCCAACUUGGCCUUGCAUACUGUAUCGCUGGUCCUCCGCCAUCGAGUAGCCCGACGCUUCCAGGAACUCUCGCGGGCUGCUCUGCGUACUAUACUGUGGAAUCGGGAGAUACUUGCGCAGCGAUGGAGAGCAACUACAGCGUUACACUCGACCAGAUCCGUCAAUGGAAUACAGAGGUCGACGCAAACUGCGAUAACAUACGACCCGGAUACGCGUAUUGCAUGUCUGGCCCGACUGUUGGCUCGGGGAGCUUACUGCCGUCCGAUGGUUGCACGGACUACUAUACAGUCCAAUCCGGCGAUAAUUGCACGGUGAUCGAGUCUGCGAGUGGCAUCACACUCGCACAAUUCCUGGCUUGGAACCCAGAGGUCAACAGCCAAUGUUCCAACAUCCAGUCGGGCUUGCUGUACUGUGUUGCAGGACCGUCGACUAUCCCGACAACGACCGCGACCACGUCCACGUCUGCUGCAGCAGCACCGACAGGAUCGGGCACUAUUACCCCGGGCCAGGGCUGCAAGAAGUACUACACGGUUGCUUCAGGGGACAACUGUAGCGUCAUUGAGAGCAAGUUCAGUAUCACGCUCGCACAGUUCACGAAGUGGAACCCGGAGAUCAACUCGGCCUGCACAGACCUUCAACUUGGUGUACAGUACUGCGUCGCCGGCCCUUGA